GAGGGGCAGGCGGCGCCCGGGAGGGAGGCACCGGGCCGCAGGCCAAGCCGACCAGGGUCACAAUUUCGGUUUGCAGCAAAAAUGCUUUCAGAACAGACAGCAGCCCUGGGGACAGGAUGGGAGUCAGUGAAUGUACAGCUGGAUGGCACAGAGCCUCAGAUUGAAAGGGGAGGCCAAGAAGAGGGGCCAUGGAGAACAGCACCAGGGCCAAUGGAGCAUCUAUGCUGUGACCUUGAAGAGGAGCCACAGUCCCUUCAAGAAAAGGCUCAGUCUGCUCCCUGGGUUCCUACAAUUCCCCAGGAGGGAAGCACUGGAGACUGGGAGAUGGCAGCUGCACUUCUCGCUGCCGGAUCACAGGGCCUAGUAACCAUAAAGGAUGUGUCUCUAUGCUUCUCUCAGGAAGAGUGGCGGAGCCUGGACCCCUCUCAAACAGACUUUUAUGGAGAAUAUGUCAUGCAGGAAAACUGUGGGAUAGUAGUCUCUCUGAGAUUUCCAAUUCCUAAACUGGACAUGCUUUCUCAACUAGAAGGAGGAGAAGAGCAAUGGGUCCCAGACCCCCAGGACUUAGAGGAGAGGGACAUUCUGAAGGUCACAUAUACAGGAGAUGGAAGUGAACAUGAAGGUGAUACCCCUGAACUAGAAGCAGAACCUCCCAGAAUGUUAUCCAGUGUGUCUGAAGAUACUGUUCUGUGGAACCCAGAGCAAGAUGAGAGCUGGGAUUCUACCCCCAGAGGUUCUAGAGGAAUGCUUCUGGGCUCCCCUUUUCUUCAGGAAGAUAGUUUCUCAAACCUUCUGUGUAACACAGAGAUGGAUUCUCUGUUAAGACCCCACACAUGCCCCCAAUGUGGGAAACAGUUUGUGUGGGGCUCCCACCUCGCUAGGCAUCAGCAAACCCAUACUGGGGAGAGGCCCUACAGCUGCCUGAAAUGCGAGAAGAGCUUUGGGCGAAGACAUCACUUAAUCAGGCAUCAGAAAACCCACCUACAUGACAAGCCCAGCAGGUGUUCUGAGUGUGGCAAGAAUUUCCGAUGCAACUCCCAUCUGGCCAGCCAUCAGAGAGUGCACACAGAAGGUAAAUCCUGUAAGAGCCAAGAGGUUGGAGAGAGCCCUGGAGGAAGGAAAAGGCAGCGUGCCCCACCUGUGCCAAAGUGUCAUGUGUGCACUGAAUGUGGGAAGAGUUUUGGCCGAAGGCACCACCUUGUGAGACACUGGCUGACCCAUACUGGAGAGAAGCCCUUCCAGUGCCCUCGCUGUGAGAAGAGCUUUGGUCGCAAACAUCACCUAGACAGGCACCUGCUUACCCACCAGGGACAAAGUCCCCGGAGCAGCUGGGACAGAGGGACAUCUGUCUUUUGAAAUCUGUUUCUGCUACAGCUAUAGUCAAAUCUAUCAGCUGGUGCUAUCAGGAGUCACUGCCAGGGCUGCCCCUCUCUUGUACCCAAUGGCCAAAAUCAUGAGCCCUGACCCCAUCCCUAGAAAGAUGAGGUCCCAGCAUUGACCAGACCAUUUUUCACCAGUUCUGUGAGACAUCACAUAAAAAUAAGAGUCCUUUGGGCAAAACUUUUGGGAAACAAUGCAUACUACAUGGGCUGAUAUUCAGCCUGAAUCCAUUCUCAAGGGUACAAUGAUACCCA